AAAAGUCCGUUGAGGCGUAUACUCUCCUUGGUCAGUGGAUCGAUCCUGAGGACCACGCGAUUCAGGCUCCGGAGGAAAUCCAUAGAAUACCUGCGGAUACCGGACGACGCCAUUGCUCACAGUGGUCUACACACAGCCAGACUCGUCCAGACAAGAAAAAUCCCAAGAUGCAAGUAGUCCGUUCUUUGGCCAGGCUUACUCGUCCGAUCCUCACAUUUCAAAGGACGAAAGCCACCAUAUCCAACGAAGACCACAAACUGAGACAGUUUAUUAUAUACCACCAUGUAGAGAGAAUUUACACGGACCUAAAAGAGCUUGGCUACCGUGACAACGACCCCCUGAAGUUGGCUGACCUGACAACUCUGGACCAGUGGCACUAUAACGGCACGGAACCUGUAGAUGCCGCCAUCAAGCUUCUGGGGAUCAGGGAAGGUGCACGGGUCCUUGAUGUAGGCUCCGGCAUUGGCGGCCCCUCGAGGUACCUAGCGCACAAAGCCAAGUGUCACGUGACGGCCUCUGAACUCCUGCCCGACAACCACCGCGUGGGGCAAGAUCUGACGUCACGCUGUGGCAUGACGGGAAGCGUGAAGCACAUGUGCGGUGACAUCACCACGACAAAACUGGGCAAAGAAGAGUUUGAUCACGUGGUGAGUUUCCAGGCUGUUUACUACGUGGAGGACAAACUCAGGCUGUUCCGUCAUCUGUCCAACUCCCUGAAACCGGGAGGAACCAUAUAUUUUGAGGAGUUCUGCCGCCUGAAGGAUAUCAAGAAUUCCGAGGAACAAGCGGCGCUGGACUUCUUCCUGCUGUGCCUCAACACCCUGCCGACCCACCGGGACUACAAGACCAUGCUGGAGAAGGCUGGCUUUGAUGUCACGGUCCAGGACAUUUCCGACUCGUACAGAGAGUUCACGCACCAGCGCUGGAAGAAGUGGGUAGAACAACGUGACAGGUCCGUGCGUCUGUACGGGGAGGACAUGGUGAACAGCUGGCUCAAACUCUACGUCACCGCCAGGAACCUGUGCAACGAGUUCGGGCUGAUGGGAGGGGGGCGCUUCGUCGCCCGUAAAGCGUGAUUAAAUGUUUUGAUUUCAUGCAUAAAUUGUUUGUUUUUGAGGGUCCCAAAGGGUUACCCAGAACGCCGUCAAGAAAAAUGGAUGGAGGAAUUUAAUUAUAUGACUCAGCUAUGAGGAUCAAAGGGUUUGAAAUGAAGACAAAUAGAAAAUAGAAGAAUGGGCUUCCAAUGUUCUGUAAAGUUGUAGGUUACUUUAAUGGAUUAUAUAUUUUAAUUUAACGAUGGCUUUCCACAAUCAAUAAUGAUAAUUUAUGUUUCAAUAGUCGGAUGACAGGAUCUUUAUACUUAUAACACACUGUUACGUUAUAUGGCUCCAUAAGAUAUAUACAAACUACGCACUGUAUUAAGUGGUAAACUGUAUUUGAUGGAAUAUCAGUAGUAUUCACAGUCGCGUUGGUUAGAUAAACGUUAUAUAAAUCUACCAGACAUAGAAUACUUAAAUUUGGACAUAGGUGCAUAUAUUUUUUUCUAGAAAAUACUACGGAAGAAAUUUCAACAUUUGCAAUUUACAUAUUUUAGGAAGCGGGGAAAAUAAAUCCAUCUAAAUUGUG